CGUGGCAAACGUUCUCCACCGUCCAUCUCAAUCUCAACCUCCGAACCCUAGUUCUAUCCGCUGCAUAUAUAAUGCUUCAAAUAACGCUAUUCAAACUCUCUUCCACCACAUAGAGAGAGAGAGAGAAAGAGAGAGAGAGAGAGAGAGAAGGGGUUACCAAUCCUGAGAGAGAAGGGGUUACCAAUCCUCAAUUCUAUCUUCCAUUCCUAUCCAGAUAGAGAGAGAACAUCAAAUUCUAGAGAGAGAGAGAAGGGAUUACCAAUCCUCAAUUCUAUCUUCCAUUCCAAUCCAUAGAGAGAGAGAACAUCAAAUUCUAGAGAGAGAGAGAAGGGGUUACCAAUCCUCAAUUCUAUCUUCCAUUCCAAUCCAGAGAGAGAGAGAACAUCAAAUUCUAGAGAGAGAGAGAGAGAGAGAGAGAGAGAGAGAGAGAGAGAGGCUUGGAGGAGCUGUUUUUGCAAUUUAGGGCUCUGUUUGGGCGUAAACGGAGAUGGAGAGAACGGCAGCGGCGGAGACGACGUCGUCCGAGUACGUUCGAUGGGAGGAGGUACACGUGUCGAGCGACCAAAGAAAGAAAAGGAGAGAGGAGGUUCGUUACUAUCUCAGACGGAGGGACGGCAAAUCAGAUCUGGCCGUCAUAGGUAAACAGAAGAAAAAAGGACAUUUUCCUUAUUCGAACCACCACCACGUGUCAUCGUCCUAUCACUACGCUAUUCAAGAUAGGUUUCUGCGUUCUUCGAUUUCGGUUUCACCUUAUUCUUCUUCGUAUUCGUUGAAGCUGAGAUCGAGAAGAGAAGUUGUUGAUUGGUUGAAUUCCUUCGUCUCAGACUUACCUCCUCAUCAGUCAUCCCUAGAUGCUGCUGUCACCUCAGAUAGAAAAAAUGCUUGCACUUUUGAUGUAGAGACAAUGAAGGAUGUUCAGUCAAGGAAGCUGGGCCAUCAUACUACAGAAUUUUCAUGGUUAGGUUCUCCUUGGACUUGCAGGAAAAGGCGAAGGCAUUAUCCAUCAUUUAUCCGGAAUGGUGUUCAUAUUCCUGUUCAUGCAUUUGUAUAUGUUCUGGCUGAAGAAGACAAGCGAAUUGUUGCUUACUUGGAGGAUAUGUACGAGGACUCGAGAGGCAAGAAGAUGGUUGUGGUACGGUGGUUUCACAAGAUUGAUGAGGUUGGUAUCAUUUUGCCUCAUAAUUAUAAUGACAGAGAGAUUUUCUUUUCUCUUUGUCUUCAAGAUCUCGGCAUGGAAUGUGUAGAUGGAUUAACAGCUAUCCUCAGUCCCCAGCAUUAUGAUAAAUAUCUGAAGGAAGCUAAAUGCAAUCAGUUGGAGCCAUAUGUAUGCCGGAGACAGUUUGACAAUGAUGAUAUCAAGCCUUUCGAUAUAACCCAAGUUAAAGGUUACUGGAAACAAGAAAUACUCAGAUAUAUGUACAGUACUUCCCCGUCAAAAGGUCCUGUGAAGUCUCAGCAAGGUCUGAAGGUGGUUAGAAAUGUUAGCGAAGGCGUUGAAAGUAGACCCAAGAAGAGAGUUUGGCUGUCAAAGGACGGUGGUGACCUGGCUUUUAACAAACAAGAGUCAUUAAGCCCCUAUUUGGAUAUCCGUAAUUUUCAUGGCAGUUUGGUUUGCAAUACAAAGAAUGGCCAAUCUGCUACUUGUAUGUCUGGAAAGCAAGCCAUCUUGCAAAAUCCUCCACAGCAUUUAGCCAGAGGUUCUCAAGUUGAAGUGUUCUCACAUGACAGUGGCCUGAGAGGAUGUUGGUUUAGAGCACUUAUCAUCAAGCAGCACAAGGAUAAAGUCAAGGUGCAAUAUCAAGACAUCAAGGAUGGUGAUAAUGAAACUAACUAUCUUGAGGAAUGGGUUUUGGCAUCCAAGGUUGCUGUUCCUGAUCCAUUGGGACUCCGAAUGGGUGGUAGGACAACAGUUAGGCCAACCUUAUUGUCUAAUAAGUGCAAAACUUACGUAAAUUCUGGGGCAGUUGUUGAUGUCUGGUGGCAUGAUGGAUGGUGGGAGGGGAUUGUGCUUCGGAAAGAAACUCAGGAUAGUGUUUGUGUUUAUUUCCCAGGAGAGAAGCGGGACUUGAUCUGUGGCAUCUCCGACUUGAGAAUUUCUGAAGAAUGGCUGGGAAAUAGGUGGCAAAAUAUUAAGGAGAGACCAGAUCUUGUGACCUCGAUAUUGUCUGGCCUUGAUACGAAGAAUAUUAUGGUCGAUGUGGAACCGGAAAAAGCUACCGUCAGCGAUGAAAUGGGAUCCAGCAUACCUCAGAAGGACUCUGUCGUGCACAAGGUAAAAGAGUUUGAAGUGGUCGAUCUUUCAAAAGAUGCAAUGCUUGCUCAACUGAGGUGGAAGUCAUUGGGAAAGAGAAGGCGUGGAAAUUCAUUUCAAAAGCUUGAUAAUGUUGGUGAUAAAAAUAAAGGCAGUCCAGAAGCUGUGGCAACAGGCACCUUUGAUGGUUUCUUUAUUCCUAAAGCCUUGAAAGUUGACCGUGACAACUGCAAGUACCUGCGGGAAUAUCCAUUUCGUUCCUCGGCUGUCCCUCCUAUGACCAGCUUGGUUAUGUCUAUGUGAUGCCUUUCUCUCGGUUUAGCUGAUUCUCAGAAGUGGUUAGUCGGUUUAGAUGUACAUGUAAUCCGUUGAUGUGACUUAGGCUAGGUUAGGAUUUAGUGACUUAUAUGAUAUAUCUAUGGAAGGAAAUUCUUUACCCUGUAUCGAUGUGUACCAUAACAGUAGCCUGAAGGGCCAAAUUGCCUUUCCAAUCAUGGGCAGCAGUUUUUGGAUGCAAUUUAUUAUGUUUUGGAGCUCCAAA